GGCGGGUCAGGCUCUGUACUUCCGGCAGCUUGUCUGGCCUAUGGAGGUUUCCUCUCGCUGGUUUAAUCGGUUCGACGAAGGGGUCUUGAAGAUCUGAAGAUUUUGCUUGGCUACUCAGAUGUCUUUAGAGUAUCUUUGAAGACAGGUGUGACAAGUUACAGCUUUGGCUGUUAAAAUGUAUGGUAAACUGCCAUUACCUCAUAUCUUUCUGGGGGCUCUCCUUGGAGUUGCAGGAGGAUUCUACAUCUAUAAACCAAUAUUUGAACAAUAUCACAGAAAACAGAAUAAAUUAAAAGAAAAGCUGCAAGCACCAGAACUAGAAGAGAAGAAAGAAUAGCAGAGAUUACAUGGAGCUGCUUGGUGAUAUUGGUUUGGACACUAAACUUUUGUUCCGAGAGAAAAACAAAAUAACAUAGUCUAUUCUUCAAAAGAAAUUGGUUUAUCUUGGUGAAGAAUAAAUAUGCUUUUUAAUUAA